AUGGACACUGAUGUUGGAGUCGGCCUUCAAAAUGAAUCUAUUCCAAGCAAUUCAGUUGAUCAAAGCUUUUCUGUAGUACCACCCACUUCUGCCAAGAGUGAUUGCAGCCCGUUGACAUGCUCUAGCAACACCCCUGCUAAGAGGGUUGUUGUCCCAACCACUCUAGAUGACAUUUUGCAAGAUAAAGUCUUGACUCCACGACAAUCUGCAACGAAGGUUAAACACAUCAAGAAGGAGUGA